AUUUUUUUCAACUCCAUAAUCGCCAGUAACCAUGGCUGCCGCACAAAACACGCUGGAAACCCAGCAUGAAGAUAUGAUUCAUGAUGCUCAAUACGAUUACUAUGGCAAGCGCUUGGCUACUUGCUCUUCAGAUCGCUCUAUCCGCAUCUUUGAUGUUGAUGGUGAAAACCAUCGCUUGGUAGACACACUAAGAGGACAUGAAGGGCCAGUUUGGCAAAUCUCAUGGGCACAUCCUAAAUUUGGAUGUAUUCUUGCCUCUUGUUCUUAUGAUGGCAAGGUCUUUGUUUGGAGAGAACAGAACGGCCAAUGGUCACGCAUUAAGGAGCACACUUCCCAUACUGCUUCAGUGAACUCUGUUGCUUGGGCUCCCCAUGAGCUUGGACCAAUCCUGGCCUGUGCUUCAUCGGAUGGCCGUGUAUCAAUCCUGUCUUUCAAAGAUGACGGAUCAUGGGACACCGAUAUGCUGGACGCACAUGCAAUUGGAUGCAACUCUGUAGGCUGGGCGCCUUCAACUGUACCAGGAUCGUUGACAUCGCAAGGACCCAAUAAUGGGAAAGCGCCAGUAGCAAAGCGCUUCUGCUCAGGAGGCUGCGACAACUUGGUCAAGAUCUGGGUAUAUAGGGAGGAUGCCAAGACUUGGAAGGAAGAAGAAAUCUUGGAAGGACACACGGACUGGGUCCGUGAUGUUGCCUGGGCACCCAGUAUUGGUGUGCCUAAGAGCUACCUCGCCAGCUGUUCACAGGACAAGACUGUGCUCAUCUGGACACAAGAUACCCCGACAUCACCUUGGCAGAAAAAGGCCCUCCGCAAUGAGAAGUUUGCAGAUGUGGUUUGGCGUGUGAGCUGGUCACUGAGCGGGAAUAUCCUUGCGGUUUCAUGUGGCGAUAACAAGGUUACGCUAUGGAAAGAAAACUUGAGUGGCGAAUGGGAGUGUGUUUCUGAAAUGGAGGAGAAGAACCUCGGUAACUGAACAACGGUUAGCAAGGCUAGUCUAGAAUAGAGUGAAACAGCUGUGGUGUUCCUGUACCUGACAGCCAAUAUGGAAUUCGAUGUCGUAUAUAAAACCUCAUGGCUUAUUGUAUUGCACAAAUGCUAUUUUUACAUGUAAUAAAGACAAGAUGGAUAGAACGGUUAGGAAG